UUUUUUAUAUGUUUAUAUUUUUUAAUCGCGGCCGACGUAGAUUGUGUUGUGAUGUAGAUGUGUUAUUGUGUUAACGUGUUCUUUCUUCUUGGUAGUUUAAAGUAGUUCUUUAUUGUCCUACWCUUCUCACUUCUCAGUUAUAUGAUUAUUUUGUUUUGAGACUAUGAACUGCAUUUCGCUUUGACAUUUUCCUAUUUUAUACUAUCUCUCUAAUCAUGCCGUAUAAAUGCUGUGCCGAUGGAUGCAAAAGCCGCGACGGAAUUAAAGGUUCAAGUACAAAACUAUUUAGAUUCCCAAUUGAUGAAAUAAGGAGACAAAAAUGGGUGGACUCCAUCCUAAGAGAUAACUUUAUUCCUACAAAGUAUUCACGCUUAUGCAGUCUCCAUUUUAACAACAGCGAGUUUGUAGAAGCCCCAGAAAGACUUAUAUUAAAAAAUACAGCUAUUCCAUCAAAUUUCUAUCAUCCCACAAGAGCAAUCAAAUGUUUAAGCAACAAAUUUAAUCACAAUUAUAGUUCUUCAGUUUAUCUUUCAUCAAAUAUAAUUAAUACAUCAACAAAUACAAAUAUACUUUCUACUUCUCCUAAUGUACCGAUUGAAUCUUGUAUUAAAAAUGCAGAGUGUAAUUAUGAGGCUGUUGAUCUGACUUUUAUUGGACCUAAUUCUAGCCAGUCAUCACAUACUCCUACAUAUACACCAACACUCAAAACAAAAUUCAAGAAAAUAUUAUUUGAUACUUCGAAAACAACCAACCCUAAAAAACGAAUUAAAUUUUUAGAACAAACAGUUUUGAAGACAGAAUAAUAAAUUAAUACACUUGA